AUGGCGCAACCACCACUGCCUGCUGCCCAACCCGGCCUAGUCGCGGACAAUAUCCCCACUGUUCCUCUCCCCUCCCCCCUCCCCCCGAUUCAAUCCCACCCCCUUCAUCCGCCCAAGGUUCAGCGCUUCGAUGCUGCUUCCAUCCGUCCCUCCGCCCCCGCCCGGCCACGGUACCCGCCAUGCACGCAGCGUUGUGUGCAUUGCUUCUUCGACUACAUCUACACCUACAUCCGCCCUCGCUUCAAAUCGCGCACCAAUGCUCGGGUCAUCGGUCACGGCGAGCUGUGCUUCUUUCGCCUUUCUGGACGUUCAGCUUGCUCCCCUGGACUCCGAGAGAGCGCCAUGGACAUGCCCCAGACGGAUUCCCUUCCGCAGCCUCCAACCUGGGCUGUGAGCGAGACCGACUGUCAGACGCUUGGCGAGGCGUGUUGCCUUUGA